CAACCGUUCAGCGCCUUUUCGAUGUCGCCUUAAAUUGGGGGAGUAAAACUAUCUCGUAAUUUUACCAUCGAAAACGGUUUGGUCGAAGGAAUUUCAGACUCAGUUUAAACAAUGGGUGCUGGGUCUUCAUUUCGUACGAAGUCCAGACGGCUAGCUUUUCUAUUACUGCUUAUUUUUGGCGCUUUUGUUAUCAUUCUUGGUAUAACUGUGCUAGGAUUGGGUCUAGCUGUAACACACAACGAUACAUUUCAUGACACCAUUGGUUUGAAAGCGAAAAUUGAGUCUACUGUCGAUUAUGUUCAAUACUGGAUUGGUAUUCCGGUAAGAUAUACGUAUUAUAAGUUUAGUCUUAUUUAUAUUAUAAGGUUUUUCGUGACUUGUGUAUUUAAAUCAUAGUUUUAUUUAAAAUGGACCUACUCUGCAUGUCAGCGCUAUCACAUGACAUGUCAAUAAACUUGACAGAUUUGUUUUAGUAAGAUUUGCACUGUCGAAAAUCUUGGCUUGGUCAUGACGGGCUUGACCAUGAUAUUAUCAAUUAGACGGCAUAUUUAUUUUAGACAUCUUCAGACCUAGUGAAUAUUUGUGAAAUGGUUUACAUAUUAUUAGCAUUAAAUAUUUCGAUUUGUAAAAAAAUUCUUUGUUUACACACAUAUUAUAAUGUUAUUUCAAACGAAGGAAUUCUCGUCAUUUAAUUACAAUAAAGUAAAACCGCCCAGCAUUUUAAAAACACUCCACGGUUUUGGUGACAGAAUGAACACCAUUUCCAACCAGAGAACGUCUCGGCAAAUAUUGGGUCUAAUUUUGGAUUGGAUUAAUUAUAAUUUUGAAUUGGGUCUAAUUUUUGCUUCAAAAACUGCAAUUGAUACUGGUUUAUAUGGUGUUAUAUUGUAUGUUCUAAUUAAUUAUACCAUCUUUACGCUGAUAUCUAUAGUUGCUAACUAUGUAUGAGAGUCUUUUUAUAUAUUUAAAUAUGGAUAUAACUAUAGAUUCGUUAGUUGCGUGCAGUAUAUCGUCACACCAAGUUAAACGAACGCCCUCAAAUGAGAAUAUUUCACUGGAAUUAACUCAACGUACUCGUAACCAAAUCUCAGUUAAGCGUCCUAAAAGUUUACAGACUAUUUAUUUUCUAAGGAACUGAUGUUGUCGUUUGAAGGGUUUAAAUUUUCAGUUCAGAUUCAAACCGCGGCGUGUUGCAAUAUACUUUCAUUACUGCGGUGAAACCUGAUAAAUACAUGCUUAUCAUAACCUACCAAAUGAAUCACCAUUAGUUUGGGUUAGCUGUCAAUUUACACAAGACAGCGCCUGCACGAAUGAGAGAGCGGUGCAGUAUGGAUAACUAACUUGUACGUUUACAUUUAGUACAUAUUCACAGGACUGUCACUCGCUUGUUCUGCUGUAAAUCUUCGAAAGGUUUCUUUGGUGAGUAUAUAUAAUUAAUUAUACAUUCGCUGAUUGUAUACUGUGUGUGUAUAUAUAUACGGACAAUUUUGCUAAUCAAGUUUUCAGUUCAUAAAAAUCUAUUGUUUUUGUAUGGCUUCACUAUGAAGCUCACUGGUCUGUACCGAUUGAAGUUAAUUAAAUAACAAGUGAACAACUGACUUAAUUUUGUAGACGGUAUGGACUAUAUUCGUAUCUCUGAUCUGUGUCGUCUUAUCUUUGGCGGGGUUGGUUGUUGAUGGGCCGGAUUUUGUUUUGUGGAAAGAUUACCGUGCUAAGGAAAAGUACUGGGAAGGCCAGGAUGGUUUUGCUUGCUCAUCAGAAGGAGACACAUGUGAAUGUAGCGGUAGUAUACCCACAAACACAGGUGAGACAACAACAACAACAACACGACAAUAACAACAACAGCAACAACGACAAUAGCAACAGCAACAACAACAACAACAGCAACAACGACAAUAGCAACAGCAACAACAACAACAGCAACAACGACAAUAACAGCAACAACAGCAAUAGCAACAACGACCAUAAAACAACAGCAACAAUAACAACAGCAAUAGCAACAACAGCAACAACGACAAUAACAGCAACAGCAACAAAACAACAGCAACGACAACAUUAUAUUUGAAAAUUAACAAAAUCUUCCAUGUUUUGCGUCUUUAAAUUUAGUCAGAAUAUCAGGUUUCACUGAUUGCGAGACCCUAAUGAAAUUGUCAUCAAUAUAUGGAGUUUUGAUUGGCUGUUUCAUCAUUGGCUUGGUUUUGUUGCUUGCAAGCGUGUUUAUGAUUGUUUACAUUGUAACCAGUGAACGAGAGAAGGUAUGAAUGUUGUUAUGGUGGACGUUGAAUGUUCAAUGUUGUUCAAUGUUGUUCAAUGUUGUACAAUGUUGUACAAUGUUGUACAAUGUUGUACAAUGUUGUACAAUGUUGUACAAUGUUGUACAAUGUUGUACAAUGUUGUCCAAUGUUGUACAAUGUUGUUCAAUGUUGUCCAAUGUUGUUCAAUGUUGUUCAAUGUUGUUCAAUGUUGUUCAUUGUUGUUCAAUGUUAUCCAAUGUUAUUCAAUGUUGUUCAAUGUUGUUCAAUGUUGUUGUUUUGUUGUUGCUGCAGUUAUUGUUCCUGUUAUUGUUGUUAGAAGUACUUUAAUAAUCUAAAACCCCAAAACCUGAAAUUCGUUUAGGCAAGAAGAGAAGGCAAACCAUACUAUCAAACAACACGAGUAGUGGAGGCGAAGCACACAGAUGCAGUAUUUGAACACCCACUACAGGACUACACAAGAGAUCAAGGCUACGAAUACCCAGUGGCGCCACCCGCUGUGCCAGAACCCCCCAAACCAGCGCCACCCAAGCCAGCGCCGUACAGAGACUACAAGACAACAGCCCCUGAAAGUGUGAGUCAGCACAACAAUGAUGACGCCAGCAGCAUCGUUGACAACGGAGGAAUUGUAAUGAUGGAUCCAGGCCGUUUCCGGCUCGGAGAUGACGACAUCUACUAGGUUACCAUGGAAACAUUUAGGUCUGAAUAAUUUGCAAAUGGGAUUGUUAUGUAUUUUCCCAUCAUAGUUGAAGAGAAUGGUAUCUUAACACGACUCAACCACAAAAAUGCACUAAUUUUAACCGAAAUACAAAACUUUGUUAUUCUACUAAUAUUAAAGACAGUCAUUUGAACAAGCAGGACUUCGUAAUAUUCUAUUUUGUAACUAUUUUGAAAUUUGUAACUACAGUAGAGUUUUGUUUUAAGAAUCAAGACAUAAAUCAUCAUAUGCCGUUUUCGUUUCAAAU